CAACAGAAAAUAUCUGCGGGUAUAAAAGUUUAAUGCAAUCGGCAGUUGGUUUAGGAAGGUUUUUGAAUUCUGGCUUUCUCGCUCUAAAACUUUUCACUGAAAGCGCCAAGUAAAUCUUUCUUGCCGAUUUCUCUCACUACAACUGCAAUGGCGGGCGCCAUCGGCGAUAAUUUCACGCGAGAGCAGUACGUGUUCAUGGCGAAACUCGCCGAGAAAGCGGAGCGAUACGAGGAUAUGGCGAAGUUCAUGGGCAAGCUGGUUCGCAGCUGCACUCCUGCCGGUGAGCUCACAGUGGAGGAGCGAAACCUUCUCUCCGUCGCAUAUAAGAACGCCAUCGGCUCCCUUAGAACGGCGUGGCGCAUCAUAUCCUCCAUCGAGCAGAAGGAGGAGACCAGGAGGAGAGACGAUCACGUCGCCCUCGUCAAGGAUUACCGUGCGACGGUGGAAACAGAGCUUUCGCAGGUCUGCGCCAGCAUCAUUGAGCUGCUCGACUCCAAUCUCAUUCCCUCGACUCCCCCUGGCGAGUCGAGGGUGUUUUACCUCAAAUUGAAGGGCGAUUACCACCGCUACCUCGCCGAAUUCCUGGUUGGAGACAAGCGCAGGGAGGCUGCCGAUGCUACAAUGACCUCCUAUACGGAUGCUGAGGACCUUGCUCUAUUCGAUCUGCCUCCAACGAAUCAUAUCCGGUUGGGUCUUGCCCUCAAUUUCUCAGUGUUUCAUUAUGAGAUUCUUAAUUCAUGCAGUACGGCAUGUGAUAUGGCAAGACGGGCAUUUGAUGAAGCCGUAGCUGAGCUGCCCACUGCAGUAGUGAAUGAGGAGUGCACUAUACUAAUGCAACUUCUACGAGACAAUCUCUCUCUUUGGAGUUCAUCUUCACGGGAUCAAGUGGACGAGUCUUGAUCAUUUAAUCUCUUAUUAGGAUGUGGACUUGAAUUGAAUUGUCAUUUGUUCCGUUACUCAUUUUGUGUUGUUUGUGAAUAGUGUUCAUAACCUUGAGAUCAUAUCUUUUAUGUCUGACUAUUAAUACUCUUCAGUUUGAUACUUCUAUAUCCG